UGACUAAUAAGUUUUUUUUAACAUUUCUCGUCAAAAUUUUAUUCUGUAAAUUUUAUUCAGCUGUUUUGUUCUUUUUCUUCUACUCUUAAAGAGAAUAUUAUAUAAAAUAUAUUAUUAUUGCAAUAACACGCACAAGUUCAUUGACGAUAUUUCCUUAGAGUGUCAGCAUCACAAUUUGAGGAAAUAUAAUAGACAGUUUUUAUGCAAUGACCGAGAAUAUCAAGAUAGUAUUGUGCAGAGGUUUGCCCGAGAAGAAUGACAUGCAGAAGGCGUUAGAGUCUGCUGGUUACACUUGCGAAUGCUUGCAAACUUUGCAAUUCAAAUUUGUAAAUAUUUCAGAAUUACGGGCAUGUCUGUUGAGAGCAGACGAAUAUAGUGGUGUGAUACUAACUAGUCCCCGUACAAUCGAAGCUAUUGCACUAGCAGUUAAUGGAGACACAAGCAUUCUGCAGCAUUGGGAAAAGCUUCCUGCAUACUGUGUGGGCCCUGCAACAGAAUCUCUAGCUCAGAGUCGACUUAACUUGCAGCAUUGCACUGGUAGUCAAUCUGGCAAUUCCAAACUGUUAGCUGAAACAAUUAUUCAUGAUAUGAAAGAUGAUUCAAAACCACUGCUUUAUCCACACAGUGAAAUUGCACGUGAGACUAUAGCUUCUGCUCUCCGUGAUAAUAGAAUCUUAACACACAAACUUGUAGUUUACAAAACACUGGAAAGUGAGUCCUUAGGGCAAGAUUUAGUAGAGAUAUUGAAAAGGUCUCCUAGCAUCUUUGUUUUCUUCAGUCCAUCUACGGUGGAACAUAUUGCUAUACAACUUCACAAGAAUUCUUUCCCCAUCAAAGACAUAAAAGCAGCAGCUAUAGGUCCUGUGACGAAAGAUGCAAUGAUCAACUUUGGUUUCAAUGUCUAUGCUGUAGCAGAUAAGCCUGAACCAGCAGCUUUAACGCGUGCAAUUAUAGCAGCUGGGUCUGCAAGAAACUCUGAAAAGGAUACGUGAAAAUGUAUUGAUAUUAAUAACCAUCGUAAUGUCUAUUUUGCUAUUUUUAUAACACGUGUAUUUAAAUUUAUUAUACAUAGUAUUAAAAAAAGGGUUCAAGAUUUAGAUAGUACUUAUACUGAGUAAAAAAUGUUUAGUAGACAGAUAAAAAAAUCAAUGCAUUUAGAGUUUUAAAUUUUUUUUUAUUUUGAUAAUGCAAGUUAUUUAUGCUUCUAUUGAUCACGUGUGAUGAAUGAACGAACGAAUAUCUUACCAUAUUGUUACUUUUAUAUUUACAUAUUUAUCUGACUCACUAUAUUUAUCUCACCUAAUUUAUUGCUCUAAUUUAUUGCACCUGGUUCAGAAAAUUCAGCUAGAAAGAACAGACCUUAUGUUGCCUUAUUCUACCUCGUUCGUACUGCGCGUGAUCACAAUGGAAGCACAUUUGAACUAAUUUGGAACUAAUUUGCAUUACCAAAAUCCAAUCACAUUAAUCUAUUAAACAGCUCUGAGAUUAACAGUAAAAAAAAUGUACAAAAAAAGACUAAUAAGAGCUGAACGCAGGGAUAUGCGCAAUAUAUGUAUUAAUAAAUUUUUGGUGUUAUACACAUUAUUAUAGUUGCUUCUUGGGCUACAGGCCGAUUAUUCCAACCUCUUGCUACCUGACAGUUAAAUUAUAUAUGUCUUCGUUUAUUAAAUAUUCGUUACUCAGUAUAAUGAAUCUACCCGAUAGAGAGAGAUAAAUACAGUCUUAAAUCCUUUUUUUUAAUAUCCUGAAGAAAAAUUGAAAGGAGGAGAAAUUAUCCUUCAUACAAUACAAUAUACACUUGAUUGUUAAUCAAUGAUAAUCAAUGACAAUGUAAAUAAUGUAUAUAUCUGCACAUGUACAAGAUAUAUAGCAAAAUUAUAAAAACCAAUGUAUAUAUAAAUAUACAGAUCUUGUAACACUUUUGA